UCUACCGCUUCCCCUAUAAUUGCAAGCCCCUCGACCCUUCGCCCCGACCUCGUGCUUCCGCCGAUGAGCUGGCUGGGAAAGUUAGGGUUCGGCCUUGGCGGCCGAGCUGCGACGGAGGCGUCGUCAGCGGUCGCGCAGGGCCCUGACGAGGACGCGCCGGCGGCCGGGCAGGAGUUUGCCCAGUUCGGCGCCGGCUGCUUCUGGGGCGUCGAGCUUGCCUUCCAGCGGGUGCCCGGUGUGACCAAGACGGAGGUUGGCUACAGCCAGGGGAGCCUCCACGAGGCCACCUACGAGGAUGUGUGCACCGGCGCCACCAACCACGCCGAGGUGGUACGGGUGCAGUACGACCCCCUGGCGUGCAGCUACGAUGACCUGCUCCAAGUGUUCUGGGCGCGGCAUGACCCCACCACUAUCAACCGCCAGGCAAACGAUGUUGGGACCCAAUAUCGCUCUGGAAUAUACUACUACACACAAGAACAGGAAAAAGCAGCCAGAGAAACUAUGGAGAAGCACCAGGAGGUGUUGGACAGGAAGAUUGUGACAGAAAUUCUUCCUGCAAAGAAAUUCUACAGGGCCGAGGAGUAUCAUCAACAGUAUCUGGAGAAAGGUGGGCGCUUUGGUUCCAAACAGUCCGCUGCUAAAGGUUGUAGUGAUCCUAUUCGCUGCUAUGGAUGAAACGAGUAAUGAUAACCAAAUCAUCAAGAUUUGCAGCCACUGGUUGUUUCAUGUAAAUAUACUCUAGUGUGGGAGCUAUGAGACUGUCCUUAGCUGUAAUCUAUUGGACUAUUGAAUAAACAUUUUGUGAAAAGACUAAGGUGGAUUGAGAUCCAGUCACCUAGUUGAUGAAUUGAUUUAUGAUCGUUCAAGGUUGCUUCA